CUGUGUGUGAGUUCUCAUAAGCCAACUCAGCUCUGAGGGACAUUGUGAUUAAGCGACUGAACUGAUCUCAUUGACAUUUCAGAUUAGCACUCUCUGCAGGGCUCCCCUGCCUUCUUAUCUCCUUCCUCUGCAAGGGUCUCUGUCACUGAUACAGGAUUAAGAUAGCCCUUUACGUAAGUGAAAACCAGUGUAUCCUUCGCCCUUCAGUGAUGAUGAUGAUGAUGAUGGUGAGUGAUGACUGUCUGGUGGAGUGUAAGAUCGAUGAUGAUAGUGAUGAGUAUGAUGACAGAGAAGAAGUACAGAUAACCACACCUCCUCCUCCUCCUGAGUUUGCAUCCAAAGUCCCGACACCAGCGCCAAAACCUGCGACCCCAUCCACAGGCCCUGCUACGCCAACACCCACCCAUACGCCAUCACCCACCCUUCCUGUCAACAGGGACCCUCAUGGCAUCAACCAGCACCUUAAGGUAGAGGUCAGUGACGUACUGGCCGAGCCCGCCACACCUCAUAGCAUUGAUAGAGUGUGGCUUCACAGCGUGGUUGGCUUCGAGAAGGCUCGUAUCUGGACGUACUGCAUCCUCUCCUCGCUGUUUGCUGUUCCUUUAGCUUUUCUUUGUGGGAUCUUUCUGGCCCUUCUCGCCUGUCUACAUGUCUGGUUUGUGGUGCCUUGCAUACAGCUGAGCAACACCUUCCUUCCCUGCCUGCGGUCUUUAUGUAUGUGUGGUGUAAAUGUUUUCAUCACUCCCUUCUGUACAUCUCUUGCUCUCUGCUGCAGCCAAAUUGCUGUUACACUGUCGAACAAGGACUACCAUCAAAUGAGAAACAAAGAGACCGCCUGAAUGAGAGAAAAAGCGAGUGUUAUUGAGUGACUGAGUGAGUAAGAGAGAGAAUGAUUAUUUUAUAAAAAUUUGCAUGUGUCUUUUUUUUAGUUUUUUAAUUGGCAUGGUUCUGCAACAUUGACAUUGUAAUGUUGUUUGAUAUGUUUUCUACAUGUAAA